AGGGGUCAGUCGUCUUUGUGAUUCUUUGUGCCGCUCGGGACCUCUCCGCUCCCGCACCUCGUCCACCUCGUCCACCUCGUCCACCGCCGCACCACUCCCAGGUCGAACGGAACGGCGGCGUCCCCGUGACCCACCCGAACCUCCUCCGGGACUUUCCACGUCGGAAUCGACAUACGAUUUGUGCAGCCGGUCAGGCAAAGCGUUUCAAAAGUUUUGUCCCGAGUGCCGAACUCUUUUUCCCACCAACCCCACGAGACGGGCCACGACGAGCGGACGUAGAGCCCCCCCCAAAAAAAGAGGUGGAAAAGAAGUGAAAUUCCCCGGACUGCUCGAGAGCGAGAGAUGGAGUCGAAGCGCAUGAUCGCCGUUUCGCUCGCCAAGCUCCAAGGGUUUCGAACCCAGCGCGGCGGCAUGCGACUCCACCGAGGACUCCUGGUCUCCUACGUCCUGCGGAACGCCAAGCAGGCUUACCUGGGGGAAAAGUACCGGCAGCUGUGCGAGUACCAGCAGUAUCAGCAGCAGCAGCAGGAGAAGGAGCAGCAGCAGGAGCAGCAGGAGCAGCAGCAGCAGUGGACUUGCGGUGAUCGGUCUCCGAGGACGCUCGGCUGCUCUCAUUCUGCCCCGCUCGCUGCCCCGGCCGUGCCCGCUGCUGAGACGACGGCUCCGGCCACCACCACCACCACCAUCACCGAGAAGUCUAUGGUGGUGUCAACCAGCGACUCGACCACCACCACCACCACGUUGGCAACUGAGCUGCCUGGCCCGCUCGCCAGGCUGUGCCGAAAGAGGUCCUCGUCGGAAGAGGGGGCCGAUGAUGAUGAUGAUGAAGGCUCGCCUCCAAAACGACCCCGCAUACAGCAGCAGCACUAUCAUCAUCAGCAGCAGGAGCAGCAGCAGCAGAAGCCCUCGCCGGCACGCGAAGUCUCGACGACAAAGGCCGGCGAAUGGAAAGGACCCCACAUAGUCCGCUACCACCCGCAGCCUCUGGGUCAACUCAGCCUGAACUGCAUGGCGGUGGCGGCGUGCUGAGAGAGAGAGAGGGUGAUGAUGGUGAUGGUGGUGGUGCCGGGCAGCGUGCGAGCUGUCGGUGGAAGAACGAGCGUCGGGAUGGAGGCGGUGGAGGUGGACGCUGCCUCGUUAUCGACCCCGAACUGAACUCCAGUGUCGGUCCCGAGAGACUGCGAGAGACUUGAGUCGCGUGCGACUGUUGCUCGGCGCUGCGAAGGCGGUGACCGGAGCGAUUGCAUCGAGCGAGAGUGCCCGGUUGAUCGGCGAUUCGGUUUUUGUGUGUGUAGGUGUGUGUUAGUGUGUGUACGUGUGUGUUAGUGUGUGUAAGUGUGUGUAGAGGGGACCCGGGUUCGAUUCCCGCUCACGG